AUGAUGGAGUGCACGCUCGAGGCCAAUGAGCUCUGGGAAGACAUCGACCCCGGCGGUGAUGACUACCUGAAGGGUGGUGCCUUGUAUUGGAAGGAUCGCCAAGCUAUCACGACCAUCUGCUCGGUGAUGCUGGUGGACGUGCAACAGCAUCUAAUCUCAAAGACAUCAGCGAAGGAGGCGUGGGACACGCUGAAGACAUUGCAUCUAGGGCACUCGCGUGUGCGCGAGGCAAACUUGCAAACUUUAUGGAAAAGUUACGAGAGUUUGAGGAUGGGAGAAGAUGAGACGGUGGACGCCUUCACAGCAAGGGUUGCCACUAUGGUAAACGGGAUUUGCAGUCUCGGGGAGAAGCUAGAGGACAUCUCCGUGGUCCGGUGUUUUCCACAUGCCGCUCCACCAUGCUACAUGCCGAUUGUGUCGGGGAUCGAGCAAUGUGUUGAUCUCAAGACUCUCACUUUGGAUGAUCUGGUUCGUCGCUUCAGGGUGCAUGACGAGCGGAUGAAACUAAGUUACGGUGACGCAAAGUCGGAUGAGUACCUGAUGCUUACACGUGCUCAGUGGCAGGCGAUGGUUUCCAAGGAGAACAAUUUCGAUAAGGCGUCUGGUAGCGGCGGAAAGUACCAUCCCGCAAAGGACGCCGACAAACAGUCGGAUAAGCCAAAGAAGAAAAAGUUCAACAAAAGGAAGAUCCGCUGCCACAACGGUAAUCUGCUCGUCCAAUUCAAGUCAGCGUGUAAGAAUCCCCCGAAGGAGAAGACGAUCAUGGCCGAGGAAGAUGAUGAAAGUGACCUGAUGUUGAUGUGCGAGCUCGUGAACAAGGAGGAUCAUGUUCUUCAAGCAUCGGCUACAGAAAUCGCGCUUAGUGAAUAA